AUGGAAUAUCGAGAAAAGUCCGACGAGUUAAACGACCAAAACACGCUGGGCAGCCAGCAUGGAGACCAGCUGGGCCACGACAUGGCCAAGUCUUCGUCCACGAGAUCCACCAACGAUAAAAAGACGAAAAAGAAGAAGAAAAAGGUCGAGAUGGCAUGUGUGUACUGCCGCCGUUCUCACAUGAUCUGCGAUGACUCCAGACCGUGUCUGAGGUGUAUCAAGAGAGGUAUUGGGCAUUUAUGCCAUGACGAGCCGACCCAGGGCAGAAACCGGAAGAAACCCAACGCUGGCGCUCCGGGUCUGUCCACGAAUCCUACGCCGCCGACGUCGGCGAACCCGACUCCGGACAUCAACACUUCCUCCUCCAACCAGACCAUCCCAGAUCAGUCUCAGCCGGAUAUGGCCGGGUACCUGGCGUCAGCCAGCCGAGCUGAGCCGGGCUCACUAUUUGUUCAGCCCCAAGCGCCCCAUGUUCUGGCUCAACAGCAGGCCAGGGGCGGUAAUGCAACCGGUCCGGGCUUUGGAGGCCAGAGUGGUAUUGGCGGGGUAGCUGGGCUCCUGAAAAACUUGCCAUUUAACGAGGAACCUUUCUUUUACUCGGAGCACGCAGGUAGUGAAUUCAGUUCCUUGAAUGAUUUCCUAUCGAUGAUUGACGACCCAGAACUUGUUAAUGGUUCGCUAGGGACGAACGGUAACAAUACUGAUUCUUUGAUGGCAUUCCUGAUGCCUCAGAACACCGGCUCCAACACCAACCUACUUUCGUUUUCUCCAAAUAACUUACAACAAGCUACGUUUGACCAGAAUCCCAACACAGAAAGCCCUGUGCUAGGUCACACUCACCAACAUCAACAGACUCAGCAGGCUCAACAGCCCCAGCAGCUCCAACAGCAACAACAACAGCAGACUCAAGCCCCAACGAAUGGAGGCAACCAGCAUUAUGAACAGGCACAGAGCGGGGGCAAACCUGCUCCAACAGAUAACCAACAGCCUGUUAUUUCAGACUCGGCUAGAGACAAGUUCUUCUUGACAGCAGCAGAUCCAACGACAGAAAUCUCACCGGAAGAAAGACUUAAACAAGUCAUCAAAGCUAAAUUGGAAGCUGGCCUUCUACAACCGUAUAACUACGCCAAGGGCUAUGCCCGUCUACAAGGCUACAUGGAUAACUACAUGAAUCAAUCAAGCAGACAGAGAAUUCUAAAACCGCUUUCCAUUUUCCGUCCAGCCUUCCGUGCUAUUGCCCGGACAUUAAAGGAUGUUGAUUUGGUGCUUGUGGAAGAGAGUUUCGAACGUAUGCUUCUAGAUUACGAUCGUGUUUUCACGUCCAUGGCUAUUCCUGCUUGUCUUUGGAGACGUACCGGUGAGAUCUAUAGAGGAAACAAGGAGUUUGCUUCUUUGGUUGGUGUAACCACAGACGACCUCAAGGAUGGUAAGCUUGCAAUCUACGAGCUCAUGAGCGAAGAAAGUGCCGUGAACUUCUGGGAAAAGUACGGUGCUAUUGCUUUUGAUAAAGGACAGAAAGCUGUGCUCACGAGUUGCAACUUGAGAACAAAAGAUGGUUUCAAAAGAAAAAGUUGUUGUUUUAGUUUUACAAUCAGAAGGGACCGGUACAAUAUCCCCAGUUGCAUUGUGGGAAACUUCAUUCCAAUUGACCCAUGA